CCCACGCUCUUGUCUGCUUCCAGCGCAACACCAUGCCACCGCAAACCGAGGAUGCUACCAACCUAGAGGCCCUGACCGAGCCGCUGCUUUCCCAGGAGGAAAGCGGAAAUGCCGACGACAAUCCGAACGAAGCCCGCCGCAAAGCCUCGCGGAGCCUGGCCAUUCCGGACGCCGCGGCGGAAGGCGGGGACUCCGACCCCCUCUCCCCGGCGCGGGACGCAGCCCCGGCCCCGGUCGAACCCUUUUGCGUCCGAGAAGAGAUCGUCGCAAUGCUGUCUCUGGGCUUUCCGCUGGCCGUCUCCUUCUUUUGCCGGAUGGGAAUGGCAGCGACGGACUCUGCCUUUGUCGGCCACAUCAAGGACGGCGAACGAACGGCCGAGGUCUUUCUCUCCGCGGCCGUACUGUCGGACAUGGUCCUGGGCAUCUGCAUCACGCCGCCCCUGGCCUUCAACCAGGUGCUGAACGGACUGGUCAGCCAGGCCAUUGGCUCGAACAACCCGCGGAUGGCCGGCAUCUGGCUGCAGCAGUCCAUGUUCUGGCUGGCCAUCACGAUGCUCCCCUGCCUGGUGGGUCUGUUCUUUGUCGAACCCAUCCUGGGACUGCUGGGCUUCCCCGCCGACAUCUGCAGCGUUGCCGGGACCUACGCCAAGUACAACGCCCUGUGGCCCGUUCCCAACGGACUCUACCAGUGCAUGCGCUUCUACUUCCAGGCCCGCGGCCUGCCCAAGCCGGCCAUGUACAACAACAUCGUCUUUCUCUUUGUCAACGCCACGCUCAACUGGAUCUUUGUCUUUGGGGGACCUAUCCCGGGUUGGAAGGGAUUCGGAUUCAUCGGGGCCGCCAUUUCCCUUUCGAUUUCCCGGACCAUGCAGGGGGUCUGCUACUACCUUUACAUGUUUGUGUACAAGAAGCACCACAUUGAUGCCUGGCCAGAGGAGGGCUGGAGUUUCUGCCACCACACGAAGGAGCGCACGAUGGAGUUCAUGAAGCAGUCCCUUCCCAACAUCGGAACACUUCUCUUUCAGUCUUGCGCCUCCCAGGCCACCACCAUUCUGGUGGGCCGACUGGGAGAGCUCCCGAUUGCCGCCUCGUCGGCCCUUUCUACGGUCACCAUUCCCUGGUCCGGGACGUUGUCGGCCACCUGCUGCACGGUUUCGGGCGUCCGGGUGGGCUACCACCUGGGCCGCGGGGACGGGAAGGCGGCCAAAAAGUCGGCCUGGCUGGUCAUGCACUUCAUCACGGCCGUCAACGCGGUCAUGGCGAUCUUUUUCCUGGUGCCCUUUCUCAAGAACAAGGUUCUUUCGAUUGCGACGAACGACGAGGGCGUCGUAGCACUGGUGCGUUCGGGUCGUCUCGCAUUGCAUCGCAAUGGAUUUUCUAGCACGUCGGUUGGUUKGUUUGUUUCUGCUCUGUAUCUCUUCUCACUCGUUUCGUUUCGUUUCGCUACGUCUCAAACACUGAUUCUUUACACUCCGCUGCCAUUUGUCGUUGCUUCCGACCCCCCCCCCCCCCACACACACACAUAGGCCGAAAAACUGGUCCCGGCCAUGCUGGUGAGCACCUACCUCAACCUGCUGGUCAGCAACGCAACCUCGGGGGUCUUUUCCGGACAGGGCCGCCCCCUCAUUGCCACCUUUUUGUCCUUUGGGCUGGAGCUCCCGCUCUCGAUCGGAGGCGUGGCUGUUUACAUCUUGUGCUUUCACGGUGAUCUAAUCGGUGUGUACUGGUGGGGAGCCAUUGCGGCGGGGAUCGAGAUUGUCGUGGUCCUCUACCUGGUGAUCACCUCGGACUGGGCCAAGUGCGCGACCGAUGCCCGCGACCGGCAGGAGGCCGCGAGGAACGACGACGGUGGCGGUGACCAGGAGAACGAAAGCGACCCCGAAGGCGGAAUGAUCGCCUCCGAGGCCGACACGGAUCCCACGGGCUCGAUCCUGUCCGACUUGGGGGAGGACGACGACGGUGACGAUGGUGCUGGAGCGAUCGAACCGCCUACCGAGGACACGGAGGAGGUGGAUUCCGAGCCAAACAACGACGGCGCGGAAAGAACCGCACCCGCGUCCACCUUCGACGUGACGGCUGCGGGAAACGAAGAGGAAUCAGGAGCACCGGCUGCGACAGCACCACUUGCACCAGCCACAACAACGGCAUCCGCCACCAAUACCGCCACAAGAAAGAAGGGAUCCAAAAAGAAACGAAAAGGAAAGCGGUGAUGGAUUGUUCAAUAAUUUUGCAAGUCUGGU